CCUCAUGACGUCGUAGAACGAAGAAGUUGGCGUCAUUUUUUUUGAAUUGCUACAGUUUGUGUCUAAUAACAAACCCUUGAAGUUGCCAAACGCUUCAGCAACGAGAACUAAACAGUCCGAGUUAUCUCGUGGAUAUUCAGCAAUGGUCCAGGAAAGUGUUCAGAUCAAGAGGCGAGGUGCUCAUAACUUCAUGGAAUACUACACAUAUGCCUGUACCCGAGAGCAAACCAUCCCCCUCACUGCUGUAAAGAUGCAUCUCGACCAAGGCAUUCUGGACUUCAAUGGAGACAAGGUCAAGUUAUCCGAUUGGCCUCCCAUUCUGGACUCCAUCUCUAUCAAUAGGCACCUUCACCACAUUGCAAUUACUAGCACGUACCAGACAAGCCACGGGUGUGGAGAUCCAGAUAGAAGGUACUACAAGCCGGUGUUCAGGAAGAAGAUCCCAUCUAUUCGCUCUAAGGACAUGACUUUCAAAUUGUGCAAAGCUCUGAAGGAGUGUCUUUCACUUUCUCCCAACUUGAAGACUUUAAAGCUAAACGGUCUUCCUCUAAGGGAAAGAGACCUUGUCAGCUUGACAAAAGGUGUUGCAAAAAGUGUUUCCUUGGAAGUGCUUUCUUUGGCAAACUGUCCUUUUGGAGAUGACGGCUUGGAGGUCAUUUGCCAAAGUGUGAAGUACUCUGCAAGAAUCAAAGAACUGGAUUUCACAGGAUGCAAUAUCACAUGGAGAGGAGCAGAGCAUCUCGCCAACAUUAUCCAGCAUCAGGGAAUACAGAGGCACGGCUCCGCAUGGGCACAAUCUUUGAGGUAUCAACAGCCGAAAUUAGAGGGCAUGGGAGGUCUCCGCCGUCUCACCCUAAACUGUAACACUUUGAUUGGGGACCUGGGUGCUGUUCGUCUUGCACGUGAGCUGGCCGAAGACCUCUGGCUUAAAGCUGUGGACCUGCAGAAAUGCGGCCUCUCCAAUCGCGGAGCUUGUCAUCUGCUGGAGGUCUUGAAGACCAAUUCUACUCUCUGCGUACUGGAUAUCCGUAAUAACCCUUUAGUAGAUAAUGCCCUAAUUAAGACGGUAAUCGAGAAAGCACUAAUGAAAACUGAAGCCCAGACACCAGAGUACCGCUGGCUCACGCCUGCCACCAAAGAGCAACAGAAAGCUGCAUCGAAGCGGCGAGUGGUGUCCAGGGCAUCCACAGAAAAAACGGCUCCUCAAAAAAUGACCUCUGCUGGCCGUGAAGGCUUAGUCGCUGCUCAGCUUCAACAGCGCACUUCCUGCUCCAGACAUGGGCCCCCUCAUUCCGCUGCACGUGCUGGACGCCAGCGAGGUUUUCCUCCCGCAGAUGCAAAGGACCACAAUUUCCAGUCAGCGCCGCAUCUUCGAGGUCAAGCUUCGUCCACCGUGAGGGUUACAUUUGAGUCUGAUUCGGAGGAAGAGAAGGAUGGCAAUGAGGAAGACGGCGAGGCAGUAGUGACAGGAGAUCAGAGGCCAUCUCACGGCAACCACCAGGACAGCCUCAUUUCAACGCCGCUCGAUCGUAUGCAGAUGGCGCUACAGGAAUGUCGUUUGAGAUUGGGAGAGGAGCGCAGAGCCAGACUAAAAGCUGAAUCUUUACUCAGAGAGUUUGAGCUGGAAAACGCUCGUCUCCGUGAUAACAACAACUCCCUGUCCAAGGCGCUUGCGGCCAUGGGCUCCGCACCGCCGGACCGCAGUGCCCUCGAAGACGAAGACGUGCUGGUGAGCAUCGAACGCUCCUUCGCCAAGUUCCACGCUUUCCUGGAUCUCGUCAACGAUGCCGGCCUAGGUCAGCUGGCAUCAAUGGCUGGGAUUGACACUUCAGAUUUCUCGCCUUUGGGAAGACCACAGCUCUCUUCCACACUGGGACGUGUGGCCCAAAUGGAUGGAGCAGCACCCGGUGGAUGUCGUUCACAUUAUAUUCAGGCCGCCAGUGCUCACCCUGAUGAGGUAGCUGACAUCAGCAGUCCAAAAUCACUACCCUCCUCCAGAAAGCCUGUGCAUCGAGACGGGCUGGUCAACGUAAACAUCCAACAUGCUGCUGGAGAACAAGUGGACUUCAAUGUCAUGACAGAACAAGAGCCAGAUCAGUUCUCUCAACCCAAAACCCAGUACGACUCGGAUUCAGAGCACAGCUUUGCUGGCCAGACAUCCCACCGUGAAAGUUAUCAGGCUCCAAGAAGUCGCCCGGUGCUUGGCAUCCUGGGUGCUUCCCAUCAUAGUAACGGCAUCAGUUCCAAUCACAGCAAUUCAUCCCGCAGCCGCAGCUCCCGUGGCAGACGCAGCGCAGGCGUAAUCAUGAGAGACAUUGUGAGUAACAAGGCACAGUCGGCAGGAUCUCAGAGGCUGGCGAUUAUACAAACGUCUGGGUCAGAAGGGUCAGAGCGGAAGACAAGUCCUGACAUUCUGGAGGAGAUCAGAUCUUUCGAGGGUGCGCAAGGAGACUCGGAUGCUAAAUAUUUGUAAAACAACAAACUCCUUAGCAGCUCUUUUUCAUAUUGUUUAUCUAACGGGAUUACAAUUCUAUACUUUUAAUUGGACAAGCCUUGACAAUUGUGGCACAUUUCUCAGGGCGUCAGUCCAUGAUUGACCUUUUCAUCAAUUGUUGAUCUCAAAUGUACACAAAUGAGCAUAAGAGCAUUUAAGAACUGAAAUCACUUUCCCUGAGCAUCAUUUGUUGUUUUGUGCCAAAAUGUGUUAUUUUACGUUUUGCUAUCGCUACGUUUCUUGAACAGCAUAUUUUUACAGUCCCCGUUCUGCAUUUGCCAGUAAUAAUAGAUUAACUCAUCAUGAGGCGUUCACUAGCACACAAUAAGACCGAUUUGGAAAUAAUUUUGGAGAGAAAUGGGCCUCUUGUAACAUAGGAAAAAGAAACAUCUUUGAGUUCAAUUCAUUAAAAAUGGCGGCAAAACCAA